AUGUUUACGGAAGUUGGAUUCGAUUUUCCUUUCCUUGAAUCCAUUCCAAAACAUCUUUUUGACGAUCAUUUAGAGAUCUGCCACAAUACUACUUUCCAAAAUCCUAUUAGCUAUAUGAGCUCUAAUGCCAACAAUUGGAGCUUUCCUGAAAAGUCGGAAGAAUGGUCCCCUAAUAUGGAAGAUAUCUCGAGCUUUUGCAAGUCACCAAAUUCAUCGAAGUCAUCCAACAUGUGUAGCCCAAAUUUUAGUCCCAUUUUUCCAUUUUUUGUGGAUGAUGAAGUCGAACCAUCCCUAAAUCUUGAUGAACUUAUUGAAAUCUACAGUAGUUUAGAAGAUAAAAAUUACAGCACACUUCCAGACACCAAUAUAGAUCAGCUUAGUCAAGUUCCGACCAGACUUGAAGAAACCCAACCAGAAUUUUCUACGGCCACCAUUGGUAAUCACCCAGGCAUCCAUAACAGUUCAGAGAGAGAUAGAAGCAAGCCACAAAAAUGGGAUUUCUCGACUGGGCACGUUGUUCAGUUUGGCGAGGAAGCAUUUUCCAACAGGAAAGACGGCCGUAAUUUGCCAACAGUAAAGGAGUUGUCAUCGGAUGAUGGGCAUGACGUCCAUGUUCAACAGCUUUCGUUUCUUUCAUGCAGGAGUUACAGAGGGAUAAGAAGACGACCAUGGGGAAAGUACACUGCUGAGAUGCGGAACCCAGAAAAAAAAGGAUCGAGGUUGUGGCUAGGGACAUAUGAGACACCAGAGGCAGCAGCCAUGGCAUACGAUCGAGCGGCUUUUAAGUACCGUGGAUCAAACGCCUUGCUUAACUUCCCACAUUUGAUCGAGUCGCACAAGGAAAUGCCUGAAAAAAAUAUCACGAAGAACUUAUCAUCAUCUUCUUCAUUGAAGUCAACCAAAGACACGAUCAGGAAGAGAACGAGAACUUUAGUUAUUUAG